AAUUAAUUGAUCAACGUUAUGACCCUUUGCUUUUUUUUUUAAAUAAAUCAGCCCAAAAAAGGGAUCAGAACAGUAACACCAUUGCCGUUGCCGGCGAAACAGUGGGCUAGGUUACAGAGGAGAAGAAGCUAGCUUACAAGCAAAUACUGAAACAAAAGAGACUACAGUUCGAGGGAAAGAAAGCUGAAUAGAGUAAGAUCUAGACUCCGGUGGACACCGAUGGCAAGAAAUCCGGUCAAUGAGACUUCUCGGCGCCGGUGUGUCCAAGACCCACGCUCGUUCCGUCGUCUAACCUUCAGACCACCACCCGCAGAGUCGCCCCUGGCCCCAAAACGCCGGAACCAAAGGAUUAAGGUCCGGCUCCGUAACCCUAACGCCGUAAUCCGCCUGAAAUUCACUCUUCCUCCUAGGUCCGAGACACCACGUACCUUCUCAGACUCACGGAAGCGAAACCGUCAAGAGAACCGACAUCCCGUAAAAAGCUCCAAAACUCUGCAGGAUACAAGUUGUUUGGGAUAGUAAGUCACAUGGGAACAUCAACUCACUGUGGUCACUACGUGACACACAUAUUGAAAGAAGGUCGUUGGGUGAUCUUCAAUGACAGCAAAUGUGGGAAAGCAGGCUGUGGCCAGGUCCUGCAUGAGCCCUUUCUGAAGUUCUUAAAGCAUGAAGAAGAAGAUGAAUCAGAGAUUUCCCAGGACACGGAGAGACUCGCUGGAGUAUUACGAUCCCAAACCAGGUGAAUUUGUGUUUGGUGUUGUGGACCUGUGGUUUCUGGUAGCGAGAACAAACUUGAUGUGGGUAUAGUUGCGGAUAUGUUGGGGACCAUAACGACGAAUGAGAAAGUUCCAUUGUAAGACAAAGAAUUUGAUUAUUUGCUUUGUGAUUUAAAGUACGUUGCUAAUCUGGGGAAUCGAUUCUGGAAUACGACACAGUGUUGGUGGUUCAGACUAUGGUUCUGUAAGGAUAGGAGCUUUUAUUGGCAAAACAAUGAUAAGAUCUUUUGCAUCUUCUGUAACAAACUCAGGAGAGGCUGAAGAGGAGAGCUCGGAGUUGAUUGAAUAUGAUGCUUCUUUGGAUUACUUAUGCAACCUUUCACCUCAUAGAUUUCAAGCUCUAUACGCAAGUAAGCUCCCACAGUCUAUCACAGGGGAAGAAUUCAUGGAAAAGUAUGGUGAUCAUGGGGAUUCUGUCACAACCACUAACAGAAAAGGUACUUACCACAUAAUGGCGCCUACUAAACAUCCAAUCUAUGAGAACUUCCGGGUCCAGGCUUUCAAAGCAUUGCUGACAGCAACUCCUUCAGAAGAACAGGUCAUUGGUCUUGGGGAGCUUAUGUACCAGUGCCAUGAUAGCUACAGUCCGUGUGGGCUUGGCUCUGAUGGUACAGACAGAUUAGUACAGAAAAUGGAGAGGUUGAAGCACUCUAAAACAGAGAACGGGACGCUCUACGGGGCCAAGAUCACAGGAGGUGGUAGCGGCGGAACAGUUUGUGUUAUUGGAAGGAGCAGUUUGAGAAGCAGUGAAUUGAUUCUAAUGUACAUUUACAAGGAAGCAACGGGGUUUAUGCCGUAUGUGUUUGAAGGUUCGUCUCCUGGAGCUGGCAAGUUUAGAUAUCUCAAGAUACGCAAGAACUCUGCUCCUCCUCCUACUUAAACAUUUUUUCUCCUUAUUUAUUUUAAGUUGAUGAUUUUUCUUAUUUUGUCAAAGUAAGCUAUGUUGAAAACUAGGUAGUAGUAAGCUAUGACAAGACAAAUCAUAAAAAAUUAUGGAUGGUAAAUGAUGAUGGAAAUGAGGGAAGUUGA